AUGGACGAAAAAUACGACGUCAUUGUGCUCGGCACGGGCCUUACCGAGUGCAUUCUCUCCGGUAUCCUAUCCGUCGAGGGCAAGAAGGUGUUGCACAUUGACCGGCAGGACCACUACGGUGGAGAGUCUGCUUCUCUCAACCUUACCCAGCUCUACAAGAAGUUCAGACCUGGCAAGGAGGACACCAAGCCCGACGGACUGGGCCGAGACCGAGACUGGAACGUGGAUCUGAUCCCUAAAUUCCUCAUGGCCAAUGGAGAGCUUUCCAACAUUCUGGUGCACACCAACGUGACCCGAUACAUCGACUUUAAGCAGAUUUCCGGCUCCUUCGUUUUCCGAUCUGGAAAGAUCGCCAAGGUGCCCUCCAACCGAUCGGAGGCCAUUAACUCUUCUCUCAUGGGUAUGUUUGAGAAGCGACGACUUGCCAAGUUCCUCGAGUUCGUCGGAGGCUACAAGGAGGACGAUCUCGCCACCCACCAGGGCCUCAAGCUCGACACCAACACCAUGUCCGAGGUCUACCUCAAGUUUGGUCUUGAGACCGGCACUCGGGACUUUGUGGGCCACUCUAUGGCUCUGUGGACCAACGACGACUACCUCAAGCAGCCUGCUCGAGAGACCGUGGAGCGAAUCGCCCUCUACCUCAACUCCAUGGCCCGAUACGGAAAGUCUCCUUACAUCUACCCCGUCUACGGUCUGGGUGAGCUGCCCCAGGGUUUUGCCCGUCUCUCCGCCAUCUACGGAGGUACCUUCAUGCUUAACAAGCCCGUUGACGAGAUUGUCUACGGUGAGGACGGCAAGGUGACUGGUGUCAAGUCUGAGGGCGAGGUUGCUUCCGCUCCCAUUGUCAUCGGUGAUCCCACCUACUUCCCUGAGAAGGUCAAGAAGACUGGCCAGAAGGUUAUCCGAGCCAUGUGCAUUUUGGACCACCCCGUGCCCAACACUGGCAACCUGGACUCUGUUCAGAUCAUCAUCCCCCAGAACCAGGUCCAGCGAAAGAACGACAUUUAUAUUGCUGUCAUGUCUUCUGCCCACAACGUCUGCGCCAAGGACCACUACCUGGCCAUUGUCUCCACCAUCAUCGAGACCGACAAGCCCCACAUUGAGCUUGAGCCUGCCUUCAACCUGCUGGGUCCCCGAAAGGAGACCCUGAUGGGCAUUGCCGACAUCUACGAGCCCAUCGAGGAUGGCACCAAGGACGGAGUCUUCAUCUCCAAGUCCUACGACUCGUCUUCGCAUUUCGAGUCGACCACUGACGAUGUCAAGGACAUUUAUUUCCGCCUGACUGGCCAGCCCCUGGUGGUCAAGCCCCGACCCGAGAACGAGGAGGAUGAGAGCGCUAUUAGAGCCGAGUAA